UAAACCGUACUCCCAUCGUGCCACUAUAGUCGAUGGCGCGAUUCUCUCUUCCCCAAAUCCCUUUGCUUUCGUUUCCUGCUCGAAACAAUGCUCAGCUCAGCUGAAUUUUCGUAAGAAACCAUUACUGAUUUGCAUCAGACAACUAUGGAAGCAAGCUCACUGCUUCUCCACUCCCAAAUCCUCCCUUUUAGGUUUUUAACCACAAACAAUAAAGUUUCUUUCAGACAUUUGAACAAACGUUUGCCGGUCGGUUUUCAUCAGCGCCACCAAAGCCUUGAACCCACUAAAUCCCCGUUACAUUGCUCUUCUAAUGUAAUCCCGAUAUCAUUAUCAGUAACCAAAUUGAGAAGUCAUUUGUUACCUCCUCUCAAGUGCUCAUAUUCCAACACCGCCAGCUCAGAUUCUCAGAAUCCACUGCUGAAAGCCCUAAAAAACUUCUCACUUGAUUCGUUGAAGAGAACCCUUUCUCAUUUAACUCCUAUUGAUAUCGUUAAAUGGUCUGGGGUCUUAUCCAUAGCAAUUGCAGCCACAAAAUGGACUGUGAAUAUGCUUUUCAACCCCUUUUUCUGGAUGUUCUUCAGCUGGACUUGGUUGUUCUGGCCGUGGUUCGUGGCGAUUUCGCUUGCUGUUUUUGGGUUAUACUGCUUCCGCAAGCACGCACGUGGUGAAGCUAGCAUAUUUGAGCAACUUGCCAUUGUUACCUCAGCAUUUACUUGGCUCACUCUUGUCCCACCCGCCCAUUUCAAUGGCUUUCUUGAAGGUUGGCCUUUCGUUUUCUUCUUUGUGUACCAUUAUUUCUUUUUCUUCAAUGUUAGUGUAAGGAAACGGUUAUAUGGGGAUUACAAUGCUCGCACGCAUGACCCCAAGUGGGACGUGAACCCGCCCAAGUGGUACCGACUUUUGUUCUGUGUGGGAGUCAUGGCUGGGCACUGGUUGGCCGCAUUUGAAGGGCCAGAGCUGCAUCAUAUCCCCGGCGGGUGGAGCAAUGUGCCAAUUUGGAUUUCGAUCAUUGCAACUCUCUUGAUGCAGUAUAAGGCGACGUUGUAUCUUGCAAACUAUUCGGAAAAGGUGGUUGAACCAACUGCUGUAGUGCAGUUUGGUCCAUAUCGCUGGGUCCGCCAUCCGAUAUAUUCAUCCACAAUGCUACUGUUUGUAACUUACUCUGUUGCACUUCGAGCACCUUUGAGCUCGCUGUUUGUUGUAGCAGUUUGUUUGCUGUACUACGAGCAGAAGGCAAAGCUGGAGGAGGCUUUGAUGAUCGAGACUUUCGGGGAUGGAUAUGUGGAGUAUGCGGCUAAAGUUAGAUACAAGUUCAUUCCUUUUGUUUAUUAGCGACCUCCAGCCGCAUUUCAUUAAUCAAUAGGAGCUCCCCGAUCAGGAGGAACGCUACUUCAAGGAUCCUGAUGUUGAAGGGCAAUCAAUUGCAGUUGUGGCUUUUGCUACAAAUGUAUUUUCCCUUAAAUAUGAACGGAUUGAGGUGAUAAAUGUAUCCAGUUCUCUCUCUCUCUCUCGCUCCGGUUUUUGAUUAAUAACUCCACAUUAUUUCC